CCGCUUCAUGCGCAUCAUGCGCGAGAACUACUACCGGGGCAAGAUCGCGACCGAGCCGCAGCGCGUUGAGAUGGAGGGCAAGGGCAUUGGCCUGCCGAACGGCCAGCGCCGCUACUGGUCAAUCGUCAACAACGAGAUCUUUGAUCUGACCGAGUACAUCCAGCGCCGCGGCGCACCGUUCGUUGUCGCACCCGACGGCAAGAGCAACGAGACUACCUCGCGUACCUUCCUCGAUGACGCUGUGCAGACCAUGUUCCAGAUGCACCCGGGCCAGGACAUCACCGAGAAAUGGCGCAGGCAUUUUGCCAAGCGGCCCGUCGCCAAGCGCCUGCACUACCAGUGCCUGCGCGGCGCAUUCUACGCCGGUGUUAUCGACAAGCGCAAGUCAUUCCAGUGCUACUUUGCCAACUACGUGCUGCUCGCCAGUUCUGUGGCCCUGACCAGCAUCAUCUUCUUCAAGUUCCUGGCUGCGCUGCAGCUUGGCAGCAAGCGCGAGCCCGAGGAGCACGACAAGUUCAUCAUCUGCAAUGUCCCGUGCUACACCGAGGGUGAGGAGGGUCUGCGCUCGACAUUGGAAUCUCUGGCGACGCUGCACUACGAUGAUAAGCGAAAGCUCAUGUUCAUCAUCUGCGAUGGAAUGAUCGUUGGAUCCGGAAACGACCGCCCGACCCCGCGCAUUGUGCUGGAUAUCCUGGGAGUUGAUCCAGACAUUGACCCGGAGCCGCUCAGCUUCCUGUCGCUGGGCGAGGGCACGAAGCAGCACAACAUGGGCAAGGUCUACUCUGGGCUGUUCGAGGCAUCGGGCCACGUGGUCCCUUACAUUGUGGUUGUCAAGUGCGGCACGCCCCGCGAGCGUACGCGCCAAGGCAACCGCGGUAAGCGCGACUCGCAGAUUAUCCUGAUGCGCUUCUUCAACAAGGUGCAUUUCAACCUGGCCAUGACCCCGCUGGAGCUGGAGAUCUACCACCAGAUCAAGAACGUCAUUGGCGUCAACCCGGCCUUCUACGAAUUCAUCAUGAUGGUGGAUGCCGAUACGUAUGUGUCGCCCGACUCGCUCAACCGCAUGGUGUCAUGCAUGCUGCACGACUCGAAGCUGAUGGGUAUCUGUGGCGAGACUCAGCUCGCCAACGAGAAGGACACGUGGAUCACCAUGAUCCAGGUCUACGAGUACUACAUUUCGCACCACCUCAGCAAGGCGUUCGAGUCACUGUUCGGCUCUGUCACUUGCCUCCCCGGCUGCUUCUGCAUGUACCGUAUCCGCACACCCGAAGCCAACCAGCCCCUGCUGAUUGCAAACCAGAUGGUCCAGGACUACUCCGAGAACAAGGUCGACACCCUCCACAAGCGCAAUCUGCUGCACCUCGGUGAGGACCGGUACCUAACUACGCUGAUGCUCAAGCACCACCCGUACUACAAGAUGAAGUUCACGUCAGAUGCCCAGUGCCGCACCAAUGCCCCGGAUACCUGGCAGGUGCUUUUGUCGCAGCGUCGCCGCUGGAUUAACUCGACUGUGCACAACCUUCUUGAGCUUGUGUUCCUGCCCCGGCUCUGCGGAUUCUGCUGCUUCUCGAUGCGCUUCAUUGUGUUUAUCGAUCUCGUCUCGACCAUCGUGAUGCCCGCCACAGUUGUUUAUCUCGGAUACCUGAUCUACCAGCUCGCCAUCAGCACCUCUGAUACGCCGCUUGUGUCCGUGUACCUGCUAGCGGCGGUUUACGGCCUGCAGGCAAUGCUGUUUGUGAUCAAGCGCCAGUGGCAGCAUAUCGGCUGGAUGAUCGUCUAUCUGCUGGCCCUGCCUGUGUUUUCGUUCUUCAUCCCGAUCUACGCCUUCUGGCACUUUGACGAUUUCUCGUGGGGCAACACCCGUGUCGUGGUCGGCGAUGGCAAGAAGCCAAAGUUUGUGGCCGAGGUCGAGGAAUUCGACCCGUCGGUGAUCCCGCUGCGCAAGUGGGACGAGUACGAGCAGGAGAUCCUGUACGGCCAGCCCGAGAAGGCGCGCAUGGAUGACAUGCGCAGUGAAAUGAGCAGCCGUGCCAGCAUGUACUUUGGCCCGCCGCGUCCGGGCUCGGCCGCCGGCUCAGUCUAUCCUGUCAACAACUACGGGUACUACCACGACGGCGGCGCCAACAUGCAAAUCAUGAACCAGAAUAUGGGCAUGGCUCCGGCCAUGAGUGUGCAUGGCGGCGAUAUGGGCGGCGAUGCGGCCUCAAUCGCCGGCACCAGCAUGAUGCACCGCAAUGGUGGCGGCGGUCAGGGCGGCGGAUUCAUGGGUGAUGCAAUUUCCUUGCAUAUACCACAGUUCAGCCUGAAUACCGGGUUCAUGGGCGGCAACGGCGGCUCGCUUAUGCCUGAUAGCGGGCCCGUGCCGUAUCCGUCGGGAAUGCCCAACGAGGUGCUGAUGCAGUCGGUGCGCCGGAUACUCAGCUCGGUCGACCUGAUGCUUGUGACCAAGAAGCAGGUGCGCCAGCAGGUCGCCCAGGACUGCAACAUGGACAUGGACGAGCUCAAUGCCCGCAAGUCGUUCAUCAACGUCUGCAUCGACGAGGUCCUCAACGAGCGCCUGUGAGUGCAGCGUCUCCGUUUCUCUUCCUAGUCUUUUUAUCCUCUCUUCAUUUCUUUCAUCAAGAAUUGCUUUGGAA